AGUGAUUGUGAUUUCUCUUAACCGUCUCCUUGCAGGUUGUUGAUCAUUAUGAAAAUCCUCGAAAUGUGGGGUCCCUUGACAAGACAUCUAAAAAUGUUGGAACCGGACUGGUGGGGGCUCCAGCAUGUGGCGAUGUGAUGAAAUUACAGAUUCAAGUGGACGAAAAGGGCAAGAUCGUGGACGCCAGGUUUAAAACGUUUGGCUGUGGUUCUGCGAUUGCCUCCAGCUCGUUGGCCACAGAAUGGGUAAAAGGGAAGACGGUGGAGGAAGCCUUGACCAUCAAAAACACAGACAUCGCCAAGGAGCUCUGCCUGCCGCCUGUGAAACUGCACUGCUCCAUGCUGGCCGAGGAUGCCAUCAAGGCUGCCCUGGCUGAUUACAAACUGAAACAAGAACCCAAGAAAGAAGAGGCCGAGAAGAAAUGAGCCGUCGGCGAAGCCGCGCACAGGUCACACCUGCUUCUUGCCCACCCGCUGUGCAGUCACGCAGAAGCCCUCGCACUACAAAAAAAGAGCUAUGAGAUCUGCACAUUUGCUCUUCACGUUGUGACUCCAAUGCAAGCAAAAUACAGUCGAAUUGUUCUGAAUCCUGUGGUUUCUUUCAGUUCACUUUUAUCACCUUAACCCAGGUCAUGUCUGUUUGAAUUGUGUAUAUGGCCUCCAAACUGAAAUCGAUGGUGAAGUCUCGCAUUCGGGGAGGCAUGAAGUGCACAAAUAUCUGAUUUUACCUGAAUCUAUUUUGGGGAAGAUUACCGAUAGAAUGCCUUGGUAAGAUUAUUUGCUAGAACCGAGUAUUGUACAUAAAACAGAUUUGCAUAUAUAAUAAAUAAAAGAAUGGAAGACGA